UUUUAGAUGGUGUUCCAACCAAUCCACGAGGAAGAGCAAGUUUUCGUCGACUACGCCAUUGAGUUGGUUAAAAAAGCUGGAACGCUCGUCCGUACCGCGUUUGACUCCCCGGAAAGCAAGGUUGACACAAAAUCAUCGAAUACUGAUUUGGUGACUGAAACUGACCAAGCUGUUGAAAAGCUUCUCAUCGAAGGGCUCUCCGAGAGAUUCAAAGGACAUAGAUUCAUUGGCGAGGAAUCUGUAGCCGGAGGUGCGAAAAUUGAAUGGACUGAUGCACCAACAUGGAUUAUUGAUCCGAUUGAUGGAACUACUAACUUUGUUCAUAGAAUCCCUAUGAUCGCAAUCUGCGUUGGACUUGCAAUCAAAAAACAAAUUCGUGCUGGAAUCGUAUACAAUCCAAUCACUAAUGAACUUUAUCUCGCUCAACUCGGAAAGGGAGCUUUCAAAAAUGGAUUUCCAAUCCGAGCAUCAAAGAAUCAAUUGCUUUCAAAGGGAGUUCUCUGUCAAUCUCUCGGUCUGCAUAAUCGUGUUCAGUUCGGCGAUCGCUGGCUCGACAUUGCCCAGUCAAACAUGCGAAAUCAAGUGAUGGCUGGUGUGCGAGGACACCGUUCGUUUGGCUCCGCCGCGAUCAACAUGGUGAUGGUUGCACAAGGAAGUUGCGAUGGAUAUGUUGAAUACGGGAUUCACGCUUGGGAUGUUGCUGCUCCUUCUAUCAUUGUCACAGAAGCCGGAGGUGUUGUCACUGAUCCAACUGGAUCCCCAUUUGACGUCAUGUCAAGAAAAGUUCUCUGCGCUGGAACAGCUGAACUCGGACGCGAUUUAUCUGCAUGCCUCACUCAUGUCGAUUUCGAGCCGGAAGCCUAAAUAUAUAUUUAACUAUUUAUUUUCAAAACUCACAUAUUGUGACAUAACAUUCCUACCAUAACAUGCAUUAUCUGUAUUUCCAAUUUAAUAUUAGUUUUUUGAUUUUAUUUUCUAGUCGUAUGUAUUCUCGUUUUAUGAGAAUAAAUUAUUUAAAGAUGUUUAUAUC